AUGGUUACUUGUAGCAAAUGGGGCAUCCGUAAACCUUUUGAUCGUCUCAAUAUUCAUGUUGAGACCAUAUCUUGCUCUCGUAUUCCUCGCAACUACUCUCAAUCCUUUCAAGAUCUUAACUGGUUAAAUUCCAUGAAAGAUAUAUAUGAUGCACUUAUUUCUAAAGGAACUUGGGUGCUUGUAUCUCAACCUUCUAAUGCUAAUGUGGUUAAUUGUAUUUGGUUAUUGGAAAAGAAACUUAAUACAUAUGGAUCUUUAGCUCGAUACAAGGCGCAUUUGGCUGCAAAUGGACGUAGACAACGUUUAGGCAUUGACUGUUAUGAAACUUUUAGUCCAAUUGUUAAACCUACUAUUAUCCAGGCUAUUCUUAACCUUGUUGUCUCCCAUCAUGGCAUGUUCAUCAACUAG